AGCGUGCGAAACGCUCGAGCGAUAGUUCUAUUGGAGCCUGUUGUAGUUUCAGAUAAUGAACUACAUUGUUUUAUUCGGCUCGGAGCUUCCGCUUGGUUUUUCCUCUUCAUUAAGUCAAUUAAAGAAAAGUUUUGAUUAGCGGCUAUCUAUUCGGAUUCAAACAGAGAAGUUUUACUUUCUCUCGGCUGUUUCUCCAGGAUUAUCGGACACAGGACAGGAGACAUGCUGCUCUUCUUGUAGGUUCAGCCCCUGAGGUCUGUUUGUUUUGGUUGGAGAGAGAGAGAGAGAGAGAGAGAGGGGUCAGCGGGUCUGCGGCUGGUGAUGGCGGAAGCGAGAGUGGAGGAUGAAGAGGAAAGUUUGAGAGAGGCGCGCGAGGCCGGCGGCGCGAGACGGAACCCGCGAGCUCCCACUGCAGCUUCAGAGCGAGCAGAUAGGAACAAGCCUGAACAACGUCAUUCCAGCACUCAAGGCGCGCUCUCGUCGAUCAGAGCUGUGAUAAAAAGGACUUCCAACAGAACAGCAGCACCGACUGACCAGAACAGAGAGAGACGACGCCGAGAGAUCACCAUCCUUGCAGCUGAACCUCUGGCCACAAACUCCUGGUUCCCAGGGGCAUCUGGGGCAUUUCCCCCUGCACCACCCCCUGCUCAACCCUCUUGGACUAGUUCUGUUACAGUACAGCUUCCUCCACCUUCAUAUGAACAGGUGAUUCGAGAAAAAAGUCGGGAGCAGAAUAACCAGAAUUCAUCUGUCACUUGCUCCUCCUUAUCAUCAUCACCCUCCUCUUCAUUAUCAUCAUCGUCUUCAGCGUCCGCUCCUCGUCAUACUGCCACCAUCGCCACGCAGACCGAUCCAGAGACUUCUGAGCCACAGAGCUGUACCAGACCCUCGAUGCACCGGCCCCCGAAACCACCUCGUCCGUCCCUCCCGCUCACUCCUAAACCUGCCAAGCCAGUACUUGCGCACACACACUCCUUGAUUGAACUGGAUGAGCCUGAUCCAUCCUGUUCCACACACACUCCAACACACCCACCUAGUGGCAAGCAGUGUAGCAUUCAGACUGACUUCACUCAUGCACUUGGUGAACCCUUAACUCCCAUCUCUGCCGACUCCCACAUUACCAACAAUUCUCAGUCACAGGCCCCAAUCAAACAGGAAGGUUCAGCACGCCCCAGGCCACGCCCUCGCUCCAAAGCUUUACUGCAGUCAGUAAUUAAAGAGGAGCUUCAGGAUCAACCAAUAGCAAGAGAGGUCAAAGUUCAGACUUUGGUGCGCCUUAAAGACGAUGGUACCGAGAGUGUUUUUGCCGGUUUUACUGACCCUUCUUUAGACUUUGCUUGUAAUAAGUAUCUACAGGACUUGUUUGAUGUCUUUGGUUGUGAUAAACAAGACUUCCAAACUGACCAACAUGACGAAAGUGACCAAAGUGAGAAGUGCGAUGAAGAGGAAAGUGUCACUUUGGAAAGCUGCCCGGUUUCCACGGCUGCAUCUGAACCUUUGGAAACCAUAACGAGACCAGAACCACGACCAAGAACUCAGAAUCCCAAACCAGCUAUAGCUGCAAAGCCAUGUGACCCAACACUGAGUGUGAAGGAGAGCAGCAUUUCAUCAGAACAAAAUAAGUCAGCAGUUCAUCCAGUUCCUGCUCCCAGACCCCUGGUGAAAAAAUCCAUGUCCCAGCAGCAGAGUUUCUCUGAGGAGAAAACCGAGCUCUGUCGACUCCAGCCACCUCCCAGACCUCCACUAGCUUCACGCAAGUCUGGAGCUCCCACUCCCACCCAGGAAGACAGAGCUCUGCCUGCAGAAGUGCCUUUUAACCCCUCUGGAAGGAGAAGUUCAGAAGGUCAGGAUUCAAUUACAGCUGCUUCUGGGAAGCCUGUAGCAAUCGCGUCCUCCAGCAGAGGCAGGGGAAAGUAUCCAACUAAGCCACCGUCUCAGAGGAGGCCUCCACCCCCAACACACACACCUGCAAAGGAUGCUGUCAGUGCUGUAAACAUUCGCAAAUCUGGCCCAUUACACUCGCAUCAAGCCAGUGAGGGUAAGCUGCUUCCUGUGCGUCCUCCUCCAGUAAAGUUGAGUAAGUCAGCAGGUUCCUCCUCCCUGACUCCCGCUACAACCAAUCAGCACUCAAGUUACAAGGGAGUAAAACGAGGACCACCACUGCCACCGAGACCAAAGCCUGGGCAUCCUCUCUACAGAGAGAACACAAGCAAAAUCCUUCAAGUAAACCCGCCUAGCAGUGAUCCUAAAGAAUCCUACCUUCAGAAAGAGAAGCUGUUUGUUGCCCUUGAUGACACGACUGGACCAGCAGGUCCACCAGGCUUCCCAGGAGGUGUGAAAGAUCAACAUGAGGUCAAGGUGUCAGAAGAACCCGUCUCUCAGGAAGCUCGGGAGCUGAAGAAAGAGCCACAGACGGAGGAGCAGCAGCCUGAGAUAAACACCAACGUCAGGUAUAGAGCACACUUUGCAUUCGAUGGUGAGGAUGGUGAGCUGACGUUUCGUGACGGUGAUGUCAUCACACUAAUGGAGUCUAUAGAUGCAGAGUGGGGGCGUGGCAGCCUUAACGGACGCACAGGGCUCUUCCCUUUGAAUUUUGUCCAGCUUGUUCAGGAAAGUCCAGCAAGAAAAUCGUCACCUGAGCCCCCUGCAUCUGAGGUAUGUGUAGAAGGGAAGACAGGCCGAGCGUUGUAUAAUUUCACUCCGGAGUCUGAGGAUGAACUCUGUCUCAAGGUUGGGGAUGUGGUGUCCUCCCUGGAGGAGGUGGAUGAGGAAUGGUUUGUGGGGGAAUUCGCUGGCCGACGUGGCAUCGUGCCCAAAAAUUACAUCCAGGUACUCUAAAACGGGCAGGAUGGAUACAGCAACAAGUGUUUACAUAUGGGAAGUAAAAAGUAUUUGUCAUCUGUGUGUAUUCAUUGGCUUCCGUCUACUUAAUCUCCAACACAAUCAAAUGUACCACUGUAGUAAGCACAUUACUUACUCACUCACUGGUUUGUCUAUUAAUAACUGUAUGUUCAUCCUCUUGACCUGUACUGUUCUGCUCUGUUUAUCUAUUCACUCUUAUCCCAAAGCCAAAUGAUACUGUAGUGUUGUGUUGCAGAUAAGCUAACUGGAUUGUGAAGAGGGCUUGAGAUUUGACGGACUAACACUAUAUUAGAUUUUUAAAAAGCUUUUAGUUUUUUUUUUUUUUUUAAUGUUUUGCAUGUUUUUUGUAAUCUGCACAGGAUACUUUUUGAUGUAGGUUACAUCUGCUGUACUAAAUGACACUGUGAAUAGCGAUCUCCCACUCAAACUCCUUGAAAGUCUGGGACUUUGCUUAACUUGUGCUGAAAUAAUGUCAAGGAAUCUUAACCCAAAAUAAAUCCAGAUGAAUUAUUAUAAA